UUGGUCUUCCAAAACCCUAAACCCUAAUAAGCGGUCUCAAAUCGCCGAGAGAAGAGCUCUUGGUAUACUCCUCCGAUGGCGAAAUCAGCUUUAGAUUCUGACAAUCAAGCUGUGGACGAAGGGAAUGGCGAUACUGAAGUAGUAAAGGUUCCGAUUUUUGCCAAACUUACAGAGUUAUUGCAAAAGAUUGGUUCACUUGAGAUCAAAUUAUGUUCGGAUGCCUCUAAGGAGUACAUUAAAUUACUAAGAGGAGAAUCUGGUGGAGAGCUGUUGCGUUUACAUGCACAGAAGUCAGCCAAUUUUUCUGAGCUUCUAGACGCAUGGCAACUUCGACGGGGAAAACAAGGACUAUCGUAUAUAUUUUCGCUUAUUUCUGCUAUUAUGAGUCACCCAGAGGGAAGAGGCAAAUCCCACAAUGAUAUUGUUAGAAGUAUCGACAAGUUUAGUAGGUUAAUUAUUAAAGAGAAGGAGAAGCUGAGUGACAUAAAGGAAGAGUUGAAAAGCAAAGAAGUGAAGCGGCAGAAUGCUGCGCUUUUGUUGUUGGCUUCGAUUGUUAGGCGUGGUCCAAGCAUUGCUUCAGAUGUUGCAGAUAAAUUUGAUUUCAAUGCUCAGGGGUUUGUGAAAUUGGCUGAGUGUAAAAUGAGAGGGUCAGAAAAGGUUAGGGAACGCUCUACGAGGAAGGCCUUUGUUGAAUUUGCUAUAUCGUUCCUUGAAGUUGGGAAGCCUGGAUUGUUAAGGAUGGUUAUACAGCAGAAGGAAGUGUAUUCUCGUGUCCUUCGAGGUCUUGGGAAUGAUGAUGAUGAGACACUCAUUUAUGUCUUGUCUACAUUGAAGGAUAGAGUCCUUGUUGAAGAAUCAUCUAUUCCUCCUGGUUUAAGGAGUGUUCUUUUUGGAAGCGUCGCAUUGGAGCAGCUAGUCAGCAUUUUGGCAAGAGAGGAUUCUGAAGUAGUGAAUGAGUUGGCCCAUGAUGUUCUUGUUAAGGUUUGUACGGACCCUUGUAAUGGGUUAAUGCCAGAUCCGGAGCGGCAUUUGAAAGGCAAUUCAAAGAGGUUACUUAUGCUCAUGAAGAAGUUAAGAGCUACAGAAAUUGACUAUCACAAAGACUUGCUUCUAGCCAUUGUUAAGGGUAGACCGUCUCUUGGUUCGGCUUUCUUAGAUGAGUUCCCGUACAAUGUUGAAGAUUAUACAUCACCCACCUGGUUUUCUUCUAUUUCUUUGGCAGCAAAUGUGGUAGCCGCAGUGAGAAUUUCCUGUCAAUUCGACUUCCUUUAUUCCGAUGCCCGUGAUGCACAUCCUUCUGGUGGUGUAAAUGUUCAAAGUAUCAUGAAAUGCAUAUGUCCUCGCCCAUUUAGCAGAUCACUGAUCAACAAAGGGUUGCUCCAUUCUGAUUUACUGGUGAAACAUGGGACCUUGAGAUUUCUCUUGGAGACGCUGCAGUUAUUGGAUUCCUUCUUUACCGCUUUCUAUCGUUGUUCAUCUUCUCGCAGCAGAGUUCAGCAGAUUCAGGCUUCCCUUGAACAGGAAAUUCAGAAUGAAGUUAGAAAUUAUUUCCCAGAUUCGCAGGUGUUCUUGACUCUACUAUCUUCUCUUGGUGGUCAUUUUGGAAAUCUAAAGCAGUGUGUGAAGAGAAAAGCAGGGGUGGAAAAUGAAUUAGCAGAUACAAAAGGAGGCUUUAAGAGAUCUAAAAAGAGCAUCUUGGAAGAGGAUAACGACAUCAUCAUUGGCGGGAUAGGUUCUGAUGCAGAGAUUUCUUUGCUAGAGGAUGCUGCAGAGGUCGUGGAUACUCAUAUGAAUGAUGAGGUAGAUGCUGAAAAGGAAUUUCUCUGGAUCGUCUCAGAAAUUUGGGGUCCAGAGAUAUGUUCUAAGCCUAUUGAUUCUCUCAAAGAUGCAGAGGUGUAUUUCCACAUAAAGCUUCUUGAUGCCCUCAAGAUUUAUUUGGAUACAGUGCAUAAUGUACUGGAAGGAUCUUUUGACUUCUUCUUGAAUCUUCUGAGCAAUUCUUCAAGUAUGCCGGCAGACUUACAGAGGGCUCUUUUGUCUUUGUUAAAUCAACACGUCAGUUGGACGCAUAAGUCUCAAAGUGACAGAAUUCCUAUGAGAACUCCACCUCUUAUGUACAAGCAUUUGCACAUACUCAUUAAUCUGUUACUUUUUUCACCACGCAAUGAGGUCAAGGAUCUAGCGUAUGAUUUAGCGCUGGUUGCUAUGAACAGCACUGGUGCUUUUGACAAAGACAUAAAUGAAAUCGGUGCAUGGUUCCUGUUUCUACCUGGUUUUGGAAUGAAUAAACUGCCUCCUAGGGUUCAAGAGGCUGUACAGAGCAUGACUUCAAUUGUGAUCUCCUUUUUAUGUGAUGCUGUUUCAACUGUUGGAAAUAAUUUAUUCAAGCACUGGGAUAUAAUCAGGACUAAUGUUUCCAAUUUCAAAGAUUUUAAAGGUGUAUCGAUUGGUUUCAGCCCCCUUGUUGUUUGUGCUCUGCAGAAGUGUUUGAGGUUGCUAAAUUCUGACUCUAAAACUUACUCUUUACCAGAGAAGUCCACAAUAUCUCUGUAUGUCUGCAGCACAUUAAAGUUUCUUUUGCAGACUCAGGUACAUGCUGGAUUGCUUUCAAGUUUGAUUCAGUCUAUCUUGUCUGAGGUGGUUGAUGAUUCUAAGGAUUCUUUCUGUGAAUGGAGGCCAUUAAGAACAUUGCUGCAUUUCUCACAAACUUUAUUAGACCAAAAACCUUGCUGCCUGUAUUCUGGAAGGAGAAGGAAUCUACGCACUGACAAUUCUUUUGCGGAAACCCUUCAUGAGGUUAAAAGUCUGUUGAGAAGGGUCAUGCGGGAUGAAAUAUCAGGAAUAGUUAAAGCAUUUUCUUCUGCUUUGUUGUCUGCAACAACUGAUGCAAUCUUGCAAUAUUUUGCUCCUGUGAUGACUGUUUCGUGGGCCCUCUUCGGAGCACCUUUCUCAGUUUUGUGCCCCAUCGCAUUUCUCGAGGAAAACUUCCUCAGCAAACUUUCCAAGCAAUUUGCUAACAUUUUUGUGCAAGGUUCAGAAAUCACACGGUCAAUGAAUCUAGACCAAGGAACUGGUGAUGGCGAGAUUGAUAUUUCUGACCACUCAUCUCUUGCUGAAGAAAUCAUAAGAAAGAUGGACAUAAGUGAGACUGGAUCUUCUGCCUUCUCAAUAUUUUUAAACCAGGCUCCUUUUCAUAUAUUAUUUCCUUUAAUAAUGAGCAUGGAUGUUUCUUGCUUAGAAGAACCUCAGAGAAUAGCAGACCUACUCCUGAUCAAGAUUUUAGAAUCUAAAGGCCAUUGUAUUGUCUCCUAUAUCCGGUUAACUCUGUUCUGGUUCUUUCAAGUACGAUCAUCUUCCAAGGUUCGGCCAGCUUCAGUACUCUCUCAGCUCUCUGAGAUCUGCUUAUUCCUAAUGAAGCACUUGUUUUCCCAAAUGUCGAAACUGAAGCUUGAUUCUGAAGCUUCCCCAAGUAAAUUGGUUAUGUCUUCUGAUAAGUGGAAGCACGAAGUCGUCCAAACAGUUCUCUGCCACCCUAUGGUACUGGCUUUCUUGGAGAGUCCCUUGAGUUGUAGUACAGCAUUUGAAGCACAAAACUUCGAGAUCUGUUUAGCGACUUUUCUUCCAAAGGGCAGGCCGGUUAUUAGUGAGAUAGAUCAUCACAUCCUAGAUCUACUUGCUUCUACUUUUGAAAACUUCUUGUUUGACGAGGAACACAUUACAUUAGAAAUGGACUGUGGCGUGGAUAAAUCAGCUAUGACUUUUAAGUCCCUGGUAGAUAGGCUUCUCUUAGAAUACAGACUAAAGUUGGAGCUUUGUGCUGGUACUGAAAAUUUCACUCCACUUCUCCAAGUAUCAUAUUCUAUCCAUGCUCUAUUGAGAUUUAUAUCACCCUUUCAACUGCUUAAUCUUGCUCGAUUGACUCUGAGUAGAGUUGAUGAGGAAGGGCAGACAAUAAAAAGUUCUGGCGCGAUUCUCGGUGUGGGAUUGGGUAUUGCUGGUGGAGCUUUCGAAAUGCUGUCCUUGUAUUUUCAACAGCCUCCUUCCAAGAGACAGAUAUAUGAUUUGCUUUGGGAAUUUGAAGAAAAUAAUUAUGACAGUGAUCUCAUUGAGGAUAUCUUUGGUUUGGCAUGCAAGUUUUCUUCCUCUUUUGGUUUGGAUUCUGCAGAUAUUUGCUUGCUUAGAGCUGUUAGCGCCAUGUUCAAGGGGAGACAUAAGCAGAAUUACAGUGUUCACCCAUUGACCUUGAUCCUCUCACAGACGGUUGAAAAAACUCCUAAAGAAUUGAUUCUCCAUUGCAUUAACCGGGCAAACAUGACCAGAUCGAAGUUAUUGUUCUAUCUUGUUGAGUUGAGUCCCUUACAUCGGUCGGUCUUUGGAUCCUUAUUUUCUAGUGUACUAAACAAGGGACAGGGUGAAUCUGCUCUUUCAGAUGAUCAGCUUCUGAUGCUUCUCCCUGCUGCGUUGUCAUAUCUAGGUUCAGCUUUUGUGAACCUUGACAAGAAAUAUCAUAGGAACCUUGUUAAGAUCACUUCAGGUUACUCACGUAUGCUACUGAAUGGUUUUCUUCGUUGGCAGAGCUUUUUGUCUGGGAGUAUGUUUCAGGAGAAGUAUGAAGAGAUUGUAUCAUCAACUUCAGAAGAGAUUGAAAAUCUAUUUAAUGCAAGCCUUCUUGGAAAGGCAAUACAUAUGUUGCAAUUUCACUUUCACUUGAGCGGAAGUUUAACAAAAACAGAGGGUCUCUCAGAGGUAUUCCACUCCAUUUUUCCUCACUCUAGUGGUUGUGAUGAGAUGUUGGAGUAUGAGCUAAAAGAACUGGACUUUCAUUCAGUAGACAAAAUGGUGAAUGUUGCUAUUCGCUCUGUAGCAAAAGUAUCAUUUUUAAGGAUGUGGAUAUUUCCUGGUGAAAGUGGUUUAUGUGAUUGCAAAGGUGAAACAGAUAAUUCUGUAAAGGAAAGCUCCCUGGAAACGGUAUCUACUAGAGACAACCUGUCAAUAUGUUUGAUGAAUAUUUUAGUUAACAGUUGGCAAUGCAUUGUCAAGGAAUCAACUUCAGUAUAUGAUGGUUCUUUCAAAGGAAAUUUGGAAGGAAAAAGACACGAGUGUCUAUCCUUGUGCAAGAGUCUUGAAGAUUUCAUUUUAAGAAGUAUACUGGAGUUUGCCAAAACGAUGUGUGAGAGGCUUGUCGAGUUGGAUUCCCUUCCAUUCAUGGAGAAGCUGAUGAAAUCAACUCUUGUGUAUAGAUUUGAGGACUCAGUGACGUUGAAGAGAUUGCGAGAUAUUUUCUCCUUGCUGUCUGGAGGAAAGUAUUCAUAUGCACCGUAUCUACAACUUUUGAUUUCCCACUCUCAGUUUACACCGACUAUCAGUUCUCUCUCCAAGUCAUCCUGUUCUCAUACAGUCGAGCUAUUCAGGCCUGUCUCCAGCAUCCUGAAACAUCUUAUUGUCCCAAGUCCUAAUUUUGUCGGACUUGGAAACAGUGUUCUAAGGACGCCUGAGCACCAUAUGAACCAGUUGGAAAUUGUCCAGAUUGUCAGAGUGCUGCUCUCCAAAUGUGGAAAAGAGGCGGGCAUUAAUCUCAGAGAACUGCAUUUCCUUCUUUUGUGUAAUUACAGUGCAUCUCUAAGUGAAAUUGACUUGGAAAUAUACAAUCUGAUGCAUGAUAUAGAGUUGAUUGAUGGGUCACACACAUUGAAUGUGUCUGAAACAGAUUACUUAUGGGGUAAAGCUGCCAUGGAAAUAAGAAGAGACAUGUCCUUGGCUCUGAAUGUAGGUGAUUCUGUUAAGGCUGAAUCAGUGAAAGAGGUCCUUAAUAUUGAUCCCACAUUAUGUGCGUCUACUGUAAUGUUCUUUCCUUAUCAAAGAAGCGGUGCAAAUGAACUACAAGUUUACAGUGAUGUAAUAAGUGAGAAAAAUUCAUCUAUGAUCAAUAACAUUGAGCAAUAUGAUCCAGCUUUCGUCCUACGUUUCUCAAUUCACUCUUUGUCUGAGAACCACAUUGAACUCGUGGAGUUUGCCAGUUCAGGCCUGCUAGCAGUUGCUUUUGCUAGCAUGUCUUCAGCCGAUCUUGAGAUGAGGAAAUUGGGCUAUAAAACUCUUGAGAAAUUUGUGGAGAAGUUGAACCCCCUUAAGAGUGGUCAGAAGAACAAUCGCAUAGAAUGCCUUAGACUUUUGCUGGCGUAUGUUCAAAACGGUAUAGAUGAACAAUGGCUUAGAAUACCGACUGUUUCUGCUGUUUUUGCCGCAGAGGCAUCUCUAAUAUUGUUGGAUUCAUCACAUGAACAUCAUGCUGCCUUAAAAAAGUUCAUGGGAAGCUCACCUAGACUGAAAAUGAAGGGAAUACCUAUGUUUCAUGAGUUUUUCUGGAGUACUGCUGUUAACUUCAGAUCACAAAGGCUUUGGGAACUUCGCCUUCUGUAUGUGGGCUUGAAUUCAGAAGAUGAUGCUCAAGUUUAUAUCAGAAACUCUAUCCUUGAGACAUUGAUAAGCUUUUAUUCAUCUCCUCUUGCUGAUAAUGAAACCAAAAGACUAAUCCUUCAGGUUGUUAAGAAGUCUGUCAAAUUUAUUAAGAUGGCUCGGCAUCUAACUGGAAACUGUGGUCUAUUUUCAUGGUUGUCAUCGACUAUGGUGAUGUUUACUGCAAAGCUCUUGAGAGAGGAAGAUGUGCAAUUGGCUGAUGUCUUAGCGGUCAUUACUGAUGUCCUCUCCUCCAGAAACGUUGUAGAGUGGUUGCAAAGAUGUGCCCUUGAGGAGCUAAUGGAACUCUCACUGUGUUUGUACAGACUUCUAUUUGGUAGAUUGGUAUCAACGGAAGAAAAUGCCACAUUGGUUGACUCGAUUGUACAUAUAUUGUCUGCAACUCUUAAGAUAUCUCAGAAAAGAAAAAUGUACCAGCCGCAUUUCACCUUAUCACUCGAGGGUAUAUUCCAGCUUUAUGAGGCUGUCACUAAUUGCAACUCUCCUCCAGCAACAGCUAGUGCAGAGCUUGGGCUAAGAGCUAUAUUGAUGAGUACGCCUCCAGUCGACAUUAUAUGGAUGGACUCGGACACGCUGACAAGCUUUCUUUUGUGGGCAACCUCCACUGCCUUGAAGUGUGACUUAGGAAAGGGGUCCAAGCCAAAUGAGUCUCAUCAAGAUGCUAAAACAUUCCCCGAGGAAUCACAAGGGGAGACUAUGGUAUCGAAGUUUCUACGUUGGCUGAUAGCCUCAGUGAUCCUUGGGAAGCUUUAUUAUAAUAGAGCCCAUGAUUCAGACCAGAAGUUGUGUAGAAAAUCAGACAUCGAAACUUUGCAGUCAUUGUUGGAGUUUGUCAAGCAAAGGUAUAAAAAUGGAAGUGAGUUAUCCAACUCGAAGCACAUACUAGGUGUCGUGAUCAUGUUCCUCCAACAGCAUCUGGGUACUAAUUUCAAGAUUCUCCCCUCUGUCGUGUGUGCGCUUUCUUUCAUGCUUCUUAACAAUGGGCUCGGUAAUGAAGGAUUAACUUUUGCUGGUGAUGACUUCAUCAAAUCCUUAUGUUCAAGAAUAAGUAGUCCACCCGAGGCGAAUCCAGCUUGGAGAUGGUCAUAUUAUCAGGCAUGGAAGGAUCUUUCAUCUGAACCAUCCACAGAUAAGCUGAGCAUCGAUGAACUCCAUGCUUGCCGACAUCUCUUGCUCAUAUUCUCUGAUAUGUUAGGACCAAAGCCUUCAGAUCCGCAGACGUUACAGCGUAAAUAUUUGGAGAUUUCCGAUGUAUUUGACUGCGAAAAAUGUAUGGCUGAGACUGAAUGAUGGUAUUGUAUCAUCAAAGUCUAUCAGUUUUGUUGCAUCGAUGACAAACAAAUGUUUAUUGGAAACUCUUCCUGGAAAAAAAGUUACUGAGAAAAUUCUGAAUCUAAUAACAAAAGAGUAGUUAUUCUUC